CUGUGCUUCAUAAUGGCACUGCUUCACUAAAUCCUGACAGCCCCUGCGGUUCCUCCAGACCCAUUAGUGCACACAGUGUUACUCUACUCUGCCAGGGGGAGAAUUCAACAGCACACUGACAGAAAAAGUACAGAUACACUAACACAUCUGAUCUGUUUAAAGACUGUUUGAAGUCAGAAUGGUCAGAGGAGGAUUUUUUCCGGUGUGGUUGAUCUUCUUCCUGCUGUGCUCUGCUGCAGGGUUGUUGCUGAUGGAUCAUCGAAGAGAAGCAAAGGAUGACAAGGAAUUCAACAAAGCCAUUCUGGAAAUGCUCCAUAUUGAUAAAGUGUCUGCGACCCAUCAAGGAAAGCCACAUCCGUACAUGAAGAAGGUGUAUCAGCGUUUGGACUCACUGGAGGCUCAGGAUGUGGGGAGAUCAGACGGGACGCUGGUGCAGAGCUUUCGGAGUAGUGAUGGUCCAGAUCUUGCUCCCCCUGGAUGGAUCUGGUUUAAUGUCAGCACCCUAAACCCCUCCAUGCUCGGUGCAGAGCUAGUUCUGUUCAGGAAAACUCUCCACCCACGUCCACUCAGCGUGACCGUCACUCUGCACAGUGUGACCAUGUUGAAGGGGGCUCUGAACGAGAGUCCGGCCCUAGAGGAGAGACUCCUGACCCUGGACCAGAGACCCUCGUCUGGAUACGAUGUGUUCAACGUGUCUGCUGUUCUGGCUGUGAAGCCUCUGGAGGUGAUGGGCUUCCAGCUCCGUUAUACAGAUGAGAGUGGGAGUCUGGUCCUGCAUGAAGCCCUGACACAGAGUCUGUACUGUCUGAACAGGAGCUCCCUGAGUGAACCUUUACUGGUUCUUUACCAGACACAUCCCCUCCUGGUCUGAAUGGUACCACAAUUAGCAGAAGGACUCUAAAUAGAAAUACUUUUGUUGUUACUUAAUGUCUAGAAUUGUUUUGGGAUAUUUGUAUUUCACUUAAGUAUUUACAUUUUCUGCAGCUCUACACUUUUCACUCCAUAACAUUUUCAGUCGCUUGUCAGGCACAAUUUUCAUCCACUUCUAGUCCAGUGAAAAUCACAUAUUUCAAGGUGUAUUGACUUUUAAUGAACUGAAGGAUUAAUCGGUGUUUUGUGGUUUGAUAUUACAAUUUUCCUGCUAUUUAACCCUUUCAUGCAUGAAUUAUGAGAACCUUAAUCAAGAUUUGUAUUC